UCUGCGUGUCAGUUGUGCAGCCCUGGCAACGUCGGCGUCACUUUGCUCUUUGCUUUGCUCUUUAGUUCGCGUUAUUUUUAGGCCGCCUAACACAACUUUUUUCACAACGCCAGCGCGCCAAAUGUUUUUCUGGCUAAAAUAGAAAAAAUUCCAUCAAAACACGCAAGUUUCCGCUUAUAAAACACAACUCACACGUAGCGCUAUCAAAAUUUUAAGUUAACAACAAGCCAAAGCGUAGCCAUUAUGCGGCUACUAUACGCCUUCGCGCUGAUCCUGGCCGUGCGGCUGGCAUCGGUUUUUGUGGUCAAGACCUACUACGUGCCGGAUGAGUACUGGCAGAGUCUGGAGGUGGCUCACAAGUUGACGUUCGGCUAUGGCUACCUCACCUGGGAAUGGGUACGCGGAAUACGCAGCUACGUUUAUCCGCUGUUAAUAGCUGCCGUAUAUAAAUUGCUGGCCCUGCUGCAGCUGGACAGCGCCCAGUUGUUGGUGCUGCUGCCACGUCUGCUGCAGGCCACGCUGUCUGCCUACUCGGAUUAUCGGUUUUACGUCUGGACUGGCAAACGCAAGUGGGCGCUCUUUUUGAUACUCGUGCCCUGGUUCUGGUUCUACACGGGCUCACGCACGCUGGCCAACACGCUGGAGGCCUCGCUGACCACAAUUGCCCUCAGCUACUUUCCGUGGUAUGGCGAGGGCACCGCCUACUUGUGGCCAGCGGCAAUCUGUUGCUUUCUGCGGCCCACAGCGGCUGUCAUCUGGCUGCCAUUGGCUUUCCAUCAUCUGCGCAAGAGCCGCUUGUCUGUGCCGGAGCUGAUCCUCAAGCGCUUCGUGCUCAUUGGUUUGCUGGUGGCCGGCGCCGGCAUUGCCAUAGAUACCUACUGGCAUGGUGAGCUGAUUGUGACGCCGUGGGAGUUCCUCAAGUACAAUGUGCUGCACAACAUUGGCAGCUUCUAUGGCUCGCAUCCGUGGUAUUGGUACUUCACUGUGGGUCUGCCCACAGUGCUGGGCAUCAAUACGCUGCCUUUUAUAUUUGGCAUCAUGCAGACCGUGCGACAGGGCAACAAGUUUCCGAUUAGCAAACAGCUCUUGAUAAGCAUAUUGGUGACAUUGCUGGUGCUGAGCACGGUCGAGCACAAGGAGUUCCGUUUUGUGUCCUCGCUGUUGCCGUUGUGCCUGUACGUGUCGGCGGAGGCGUUGUCACGCUGGAGCUAUCGCGCCUCUCGAACUCAACUGUGGGCGGCCGCCUUGGUCAUUCUGGUGGGUAACGUUGUGCCCGGUUGGUAUCUGAGCACCGUGCACCAGAAGGGACCCAUUGAACUGAUGCCUAAGCUAAGGGAAAUAGCUCAGGAAUACCGCGACGAGCGCGAGCAUCGCGCCAAUAUACUCUUCCUCAUGCCCUGCCACUCCACGCCCUAUUACAGUCACAUUCACGAGAAUGUCACAAUGCGCUUCCUAACCUGUGAGCCCAAUCUGGAGCAGCGGGAUAACUUUAAGGACGAGGCCGAUCGCUUCUUUGAUGCACCCAUGCACUGGCUACGCUCCCACAUACCGGUGCAUCCGCUGUCAGCACUGCCCUCGCAUCUGGUGCUAUUCGAUACGCUGGGCGACAAGAUCAGCGAGUUCCUAGCCAACUACAAGCUGCUGCACAGCAUUGAGCACGCCGAGGUAAACAAACUGGUUGACUCCCAGGCGUUGCUGGACGAGUGGUCGUCAGCGUUGGGAACGCAACUGCCUAAUGUCGCGUCUCUCUUGCAGUACGUGCAGUCGCGCACCGGUAAGAGCAUUCUGGUCUAUCAGCGGCUGGAGACGGGCGAGGAGAAUGCAUUUAAUCGGCAGGAGUAUCGGGAGCAGGAGCCUGAUCUGCCGCAAUCGAGUGAGAACCUGUUCAAUUGAAUAUUGUAUUUUUUGCUGGCAUUUUAUGUAGUUAUUAUCAUCAGUUGUUGCAAAUUUUCAAAUGUCAUUUUCCUUUUAAGUUGUUUUGCAAAGACUUAAUGCAACAGUUAGCCCUCCGUGAAAAGCAAACAAGUAACAAAUUGAAAUUAUUAACUUUACGGCCUUAGGAACAGUUUUUAAAACGUUUUCGAAACAAGUUUUGUAGUGAGUGAACGCGUUUUCUUUUUUUGUACUUUUGUGGUAGUUGAUAAUAUUUUUUAACUCAAUAGUUUUGUAUUAGGCGAAAAAUGUCUAAAGUGAGGCAAUAUAUUUAAGCGUAAAGUAAUAUAA